UCUUGUUUAUUGCUGGAACUUGACCAUUCUUUCAUCUCUUUGUUUUCUGACAGAGUUUGAUGGUUUCCAGGUACGUAGCGUUCUUUGUUUACUGCAGAAACGGCAUCUCUUUGAUUUCUUGCAAAGUUACCAGUUCAUGGUUUCCAGAGUAUCUCUUUGAUUUCUUACAGUUCAAGGGGCCCUUCGAGCAAGGUACAUGGAAUGAGCUGCUUAACAGCUCAUUUUUCUACGGCGCCCCGACUUUUAUAUUCACGGACUGGCGGACGAGGGAAAUAGAAUCUCGAGGCCCGGUAGAUGCGACAAAGCGGCAAGAAAAUAUGAAAGCUUUUUGAUCCCGCGGUGGUGGUGGUGGCUAAGCAAGCGGAGCCUACGCAGCAAUGUUGAUUGAGAAGGAAAGGCGGCAGCUUUCUGGAGAGAGUGUGGUACUGGUACAUAAUCUUCUGGUCAGUCAGGCCUCUCGACUUCCAGGCAGGCUUCUAGAGGCGAGGAAAAAGCUCGUAAACAGGGAAGCGAAGAGAAAAAGAAGAGUGAAGGCGGCAAAGAAGAUGAAGGAAGGUGGAAGUGAAUUUGGAAUGGGACGUGUGGUACCGUCUUUAAAAGCAUCACCAGGACAUAACAGUAUGGAUUGGGAUGGGAAAUGGAGGAUGGAGGAUGGACCACAACACCAACAACACCACUCACGCGGAAUGAAGGAUAUAAAUGGGGAGAGUUUGGUUCUAUUCCUCUGGGAGACACUUUAUGCGCUUGAAUCGAAUAUUUAUCGUCGUGAAGAACCGCAGCAUCAAAGCUUGGCACCCACUCACGCAGAGGGGACAAACAGGCAGGUUCUCGUUUUUCUUUUUCUUUUUUCAGGAUUCUUUGCAUGGAAACUGUUGCUGAUGACGAUCACUUUGCAGAAUAAACAGGACCUUCCGUUUCCAUGGCCAGGAAACGUGUCAGGUCGCAUGCAAGGCUCGCCGUAGCUACAAAAAGGCCAGCUUUGGGACUAAUCCAUCGCUCAUCAGUGCGCGCGUUUGCUGCGACGUAGCUAUCCCACCGGUCAAAGGGGAGUUUCUCGUUUUUUUAUUCUUUCUCAACAUGUCGUCGGACAGCGCGCAGGGAAGGAAAGAGGAGCUCAAGGGGAGUGCUCAAGACAAGAUGGACCAAGCCGGUCAGAAGAAAGAGGACAUGAAAGGCACUGCUCAGGAAAAGAUGGAGCAGACCAGGGACAAGGCUGGCGAAACCAAAGAUCAAGCCAGCGGUAUGUUCCAGCAGAUGGGAGACAAGGUGAAACAGGCUGCGGAUAAAACGAAGGAAACUCUGGCUGGAACUGGAGAUAGGAUGACUGCGGACAACAAGAAGGCGUAAACGAAUGCUCCAAAGAGUUGAGUGAAAAUAAGAGACCUUAUGCGCGAAUGUUGUCGAUCGUGAGAAAGGCCAUAGCGCAAAUACAACGACGAUCAUUGCACGGAAUUUAGUUCUCC